UUUUUAUAUCCGUUAAAACCGCUCUCUCUCUCUUACUCUCUCACUUCAACUGAGCUGACUCUUUUUAAUUCCUCGCCGGAAACCAGACAAUGUCGUCGGUCUCCGGCAACUCCUCCGCCGCAUCUCUACCUCAUGAGCUUGUCUCAAACACCUCAUUUCUAAACCUUAAACUAUACGUCAUAAUCGCACUGGUUUCAAUAUCUUUACUCUUAAUAUUCCUCCUCACCUGCCUCUGCAUCCGUAUAAACCGAGCUAAAAAGAACCGAACCAAACCGCUGGUUAAACAAAACUCCGGUCUGAUCCCGUUCGUCUCCAAACAAAUCAUGGAAAUCAAAGCUCUGGAUCGUAUGGGAGCUGCUGUUAUUGUCGACGUGGAGAUCGAAGACGGGGUUAAGAAGAUGAAGAAGAGUGGAGAGAGUGAGGAUGACGCAUCGUGUAGCGCGAGUGGUGGGAGUAGUGAUGCUUCGACGGGGGUGGACGUGCAGCAGAAUAUUGGGUGGGGUCGGUGGUAUAGUCUGAAGGAGCUGGAGAUUGCGACACGUGGAUUUAACGAGGAGAAUGUGAUCGGUGAAGGUGGAUACGGCGUCGUUUAUAGAGGUGUUUUGGAGGAUGGGUCGGUUGUUGCGGUUAAGAAUUUGCUUAAUAACAAGGGUCAGGCAGAGAAGGAGUUCAGGGUGGAAGUUGAAGCAAUUGGAAAAGUAAGGCACAAGAACUUGGUGCGCCUACUCGGCUAUUGUGCAGAGGGUGCUCGUAGGAUGCUUGUUUAUGAGUAUGUUGAUAAUGGCAAUUUGGAGCAGUGGUUACAUGGUGAUGUAGGGCCUGUUAGUCCUCUCACCUGGGAUAUCAGAUUGAAGAUUGCUAUUGGGACAGCUAAAGGGCUAGCUUAUUUGCAUGAAGGCUUAGAACCUAAAGUUGUGCAUCGUGAUGUGAAAUCCAGCAACAUACUUCUGGAUAAGAAGUGGAAUCCAAAGGUUUCAGAUUUUGGAUUAGCCAAGCUUUUGGGUUCUGACUCGAGCUAUGUCACCACACGUGUAAUGGGGACAUUUGGAUAUGUUUCUCCUGAUUACGCAAGCACGGGAAUGCUUAAUGAAGGAAGUGAUGUUUAUAGUUUCGGAGUGCUUCUCAUGGAGAUGAUUACUGGAAGGAGCCCAAUUGAUUAUUCCAGACCAGCUGAAGAGAUGAACUUGGUUGAAUGGUUCAAAGGAAUGCUAGCCAGUCGUCGUGCGGAGGAACUUUUAGACCCUCUAAUCGAAGUUCAGCCUUCUGCAAGAGCUUUGAAACGAACAAUGCUGGUUUGUCUUAGAUGUAUAGAUUUGGAUGGUAAUAAGAGACCAAAAAUGGGGCAGAUUAUUCAUAUGCUUGAGGCUGAUGAUUUUCCAUUUCGCGCUGAACUUAGAUCAGCUAAAGACAGAGAUCAUCCCUCGUCUGAAGCACCCGCAUCCAACAAAGUACCACGUCCAAUCAAACAUGCAUGGGGAAGCGUUGCUGAAACAUCAAACCGUUGAUAACUGUUGUCGUGAGAUUAAUAGAUCCUAUUCAAAUUAUUUUGUAGCAUAAUUUUUAAAUUAGUACACUUAGAAACAAUCACUUCUAUUCAAUGUGCAUAUAUUACUUUGUUUUCACACCUUGGAUAGUAUACAUUUUGGUCAUACAUUACAGUCCUGUAAAUAUGAUUUCACAUAGCCAGAUAUAUGUGAUUAUCAGAUUUAGACACUUUGGUAAUAUAGAUUGUAUAAUAGCAUUUUAAGUUCCCCUGAA